AUGUACAUCAAGGGAAUAGAAGAACCUUUGAUAACCCGGCUGUUUGCGACUACACUGACUGGAGCUGCUCAAACAUGGUUUUCAUCUUUACCAGCGGGAUCCAUCAGAUCUUUUGAGAAGUUUGGAGGGAGGUUCUUGCUGAAUUUUGCCACUAGCAAAAAACAGCCGAAGUCAGAAUUUGCACUGGGAAAAAUAAGACAACAACCUGGGAAAACCUUUCAAAAGUACUUGGACCGUUUUAAAAUGGCGGCUUUGCAGGUUCCUGGGUGGUUAGAAAAUGUUCAUCUACAUUUAGUAAUCGCAGGGUUACACGGCUCUUCUCUGUUGGCUAAGUCCGUCUACAAAGACCCAGUCCGGACUCUAGUAGAGUUCACAGCGCGAUCGAAGAAAUAUCUAGAGCUCGAACAGAUGGAAAUUGAGAACAUGGAUCAAAGGCAGCACCCCGGCCAAGCAGAAAAGCUUGGCAGCAGGAAGCAAAACGAUUAUCGAUGUAAAAGGCAAGAUGAUAAAACUUCAGCGAAUGGGAGAUUUGACAGGUAUGUGCCUUUAAAUUCGUCCAGAUCACAAAUCUGGAGGGAAGUAGCAUCCACAGAGAUGAAAAGGGUAGAUAGAUCUCGGCCAUUACUCAAUCCGGUCGGGUUGGACCAAUCGCGGUACUGUGCAUUUCACGAUGGACCCGGCCACACUACUGAUGAAUGUUGGGACCUAAGAGACGCGAUUGAAAAAUAUGUCAAAGACGAAAAGCUGCGUCAAUAUCUCAUAAGGACUCAAGGAUGGAAGAACAAUAGGAAGAAAAGAGGAGGUCGACCAAUGAGCCCACCGCGAGAAAAAAGGCACAAGGAAGAAAGCCGGGGCAAGAAGCCGACCAGAGAAGACGACGAGUUCGUAGAACCUGAGUUCGAAUGUAAUGUGAUUAGCGGGGCUUUCCGAGGAGGAGGUGAUACCAUGAAUGCUAGGAGGAAAUACUUGAGGGAGGUGCUCUCAAUACGAGAGCGGCCCAAGUUUAAAGAGGCCAAAAAAGAACCACCAAUACUGUAUUUCCCCAAGAAAGAGCUGGAGGAUGUCAUGCCAGGACGUGUUGAUGGGUUAGUUAUAACAAGCACACUAGUCAACUGUAAAGUGAAAAAGAUAUUUAUGGACAACGGCAGUUGUGCCGACAUAAUCCUAUGGCAGGCUUUUCGGAAAAUGAAUCUGGAUGAAGAAGAUUUGAAACCCUGCAAUACGGCUUUGAUCGCAUUCAAUGGCCGUAACACCAUCCCCAAAGGAUAUAUAGAUCUGAGACUGAAUCUGGGAACCAAGGAGGCAUACAAGUCAGAAAGAGUAAGGUUCAUUGUAGCCGACUUCCUUUCAGAGUACAAUGUGAUUUUGGGAAGACCAACGAUCCACGAGUGGGAUAUGCUGGUUUCUACCAAACAUCAAAAACUUAAGAUGAUUGGUAAGCAAAACACGGUCAUCACCAUUGCAGGGGACCAAAAAGAGUCUCGGGAUUGUUAUUUUAAGUCGUUCAGGGCAGUCGAAAGUGACCCUAAACCUUCAGCCGAGAUGAAAACUGGUUGCAGACAGGAUGGCCCAAGCAGAGAGAAAAAGACACCGGUCAACAUAGUAGAAUUGGACAUGAGGAAUGAUACUCAGAUGCCGAGGCCGGAACUCGAUGGCGAGUUGGAAGAAAUAAUCAUUGGGGAGGAGGAGCAAGUUGCAAAGAUAGGUAAAGGGUUGACUGAAGAGGAAAAGGUUCAACUUACCAAAUGCCUAAGGAAGAAUAAGUACGUUUUUGCUUGGAAAUCUUCAGAAAUUCUUGGCGUAGACCCUGCCUUUUGCUGUCAUAAGCUUGCAGUAUACCCAGGGUCUAAGCCAGUAGCGCAGAAGAAAAGAUAG